CUGGGUGCAGAGGGAGGCAGCUCUGGGCUGUGGGGACUUCUCCCUGAGCUUCAGCCAAAGCAGCCUGGAGCAGCUGAGUGAAGCAGAGGAGGAAGGUGCGGGAGGAGUGCCAGGCAAGCUCUGCUCGGGGCACCUCCAGCAUCCUGCCAAUGAGGAUGGGCGCGCAGGCUGUGCCCUGGAGCUGAGCCGCCGCCCGCCGGGUGGAGGCUGCUUCAGUAUUUACUGCAUGUGACAAACCGGGAGAGGAGAUUUCAGCAGGGCUGCUCGCUGCCCGGCUCAAGUGGUGGGAGGUGUAUUGUGCAUGCCUGCGUGUGUGGAUGUGUGUGCAUGCCCGCAUGUGUCGACGAGUGGCAUGCACACAUGCCCUUCGCCCACCAAGGAUCUGACUGCUAAAAGAAAGAUCUGCUCUCUCCCCAGAGCUCCUUAACUUGCAGACUCUCUGACCAUCCCGUUGGCAAAGACCCGGAGGCCAUGAGGACUGGUCAAAGACAGUGAGAGGACGUGAAAGGGUCAAUCCCUGUGGCCCGCCGUCCAAUCUCCCGCCCCGACGUCCUUGCACAGCAGCCAGAGGGUUAGCCGUAAGCGGGUGCCUGUAUGGCCGCCUUACUGAUGCCACGAAGGAACAAAGGGAUGAGGACCCGCCUGGGAUGCCUGUCUCACAAGUCAGACUCCUGUAGUGACUUCACCGCGAUUCUUCCUGACAAGCCCAACCGUGCUCUGAAGAGACUUUCCACAGAAGAAGCCACCAGGUGGGCCGAUUCCUUUGACGUGCUUCUCUCCCAUAAGUAUGGGGUGGCCGCGUUCCGCGCCUUCCUGAAGACGGAGUUCAGCGAGGAGAACCUGGAGUUCUGGUUGGCCUGUGAGGAGUUCAAGAAGACCAGGUCCACUGCAAAACUAGUCUCCAAGGCCCACAGGAUCUUUGAGGAGUUUGUGGAUGUGCAGGCUCCGAGGGAGGUAAACAUAGACUUCCAGACCCGAGAAGCCACGAGGAAGAACAUGCAAGAGCCAUCCCUGACUUGCUUUGACCAAGCCCAGGGAAAAGUACACAGCCUCAUGGAGAAAGACUCUUACCCCAGGUUCCUGAGAUCCAAAAUGUACUUAGAUUUGCUGUCCCAAAGCCAGAGGAGGCUCAGCUAGACCUCAGAUGGGGACUCUUGGACAUCACCGGCUUUCCCCGCCCCCUUGCUGCCAAGACCAUAUUCUAAUGUGAAAUGUCAUAGAUGUUCAAAAGCAGAGGCAUUUAGAUUGGGAGGCUAGGGGUGGGGAGGGGAUGCAGGGCCAUUCUGAAGUGUGAUGCAGUCACCAGAACUGGGGCUCUAUUUCACUUACCCUCGGCUGUGGUUCGGUCAGCG